AAUACACAACACCUUUAUAUUGUUGUAAUUAAGAACACGGAUUCUUACCGCGAGUGAGAUAAUAUUCCUCACUAAGUACCAUUAAUUCCCUUUAUAUAUCGAUCUCAUUGUAACCGAUUAAGUUCAAGCACCACAAAACUGAAAAAGAGAAAAGAAAAAAAGAGAAUUAUUUCUCUCUAAGACGAGGAAGAACAGAGCGGUAGUAUUACAAAGUUGUUGAUCUGAAAUUCUGUUCGUUUGUUAGAAAUGGAAAUGGAGCCGAUUCGUCCGGCAGUGAAGAAGAAGCUAUGGAACGUAUUACGAGCGGUUGUGUUCAUGUUGAGGAAAGGAUUAAGCAAAAGCAAGAUCACAUUCGAUCUUCAUUUAAUGCUUAAACGAAGCAAAAUCGCCGGAAAAGCAAUUGCGAAUCUCGUCGAAUUUCAUCACGGAUCUGCUUUCAGUUGCCAAACAAUCGAUAUCGCUAAUUCUUACAUCUCAACUCGUGAUUACGAAUUCAGUUGCAGUAAUAGUCCUGCUAAUACAGCAUAUCCGUUCCGUUACUUCAACAAAAAACUCCGUAAACAACACUAUUUCCCUAAAUCUUACCGCUACGACGAUUUCUCCACUGUUACCGCCGUUCAAAGAGUCCUUGAUAUUCUUCAUACCGAUCAGAAAUCCGAAGCGUCGCCGUUAGUGCCGUUGCCUGGAUUUGGAAAAAGUCCGCUAGUCGUACGGCAGUUACGUGUUACGGAUUCGCCGUUUUCGUUAAAGGACGACGGCGAUAGUCAGCUCGUUGAUAAAGCCGCGGAGGAAUUCAUCAAGAAAUUCUACACGGAUCUACGGCUGGAAAGAAGUUUAGCAGCGUUUGAAUCGCCGUAUCGGAACACACUUUGCCGAUGAAGGUUCUUUUCGUUUCUUUUUCUCUUUUAAUUCCGAUCGGCGUUUAAUUGGCGAUGAAUAGGCGGGUUUGGCUUUACAGUUACAUUACACAUCGUCAUAAAUGAACGUCGAAUCGACGUGUUUAAUGGCCUCGAGAGACGUGAGAUUCAUUUAAAGCUCGAGCAGUUCAUAUCUAUAAGUUUGGAUUAUUACUUUCUUUUUCUUUUUAGUAAUUGUAAUAAAAUUUAGUUUUGAAUCUUUUUCUAAUUUUAGAGUUUAAUUAUACAGUAUGUAUUUCAGUGAUGACUCGAAAUUUGAGUCUACAAUUUACUGAAAAUGUCACAGUGUAGUUGUUUGAGUUAUUUCGAA